AUGGGAGAUGCCGGCGUUUCACCCAACCGUGCUGUCAUCCACAGCAUCAACCCCAACUAUAUUGGAUUCGACUACAUUGGUUGGUACGUGGGAAAUGCACGGCAGACGGUGGCCUACUUUGUCAACCACUAUGGCUUCUCGGUGCUAGCGUACCGAGGGCCUGAAACUGGCUCCUUUGCAACGACAGCCUACGUUGUCGGUAACGGCGCCGCACGAUUUGUGUUCACGGCACCGCUCAGCUCCCCCGAUAGCUCUUGGGAUACAAGAGCCAGCGAGAGUGAGCGAGAGUUCUGCACAGAAGUGCACAACCACAUCACCAAGCACGGUGAUGGGGUCAAGGACAUCGCUUUCCAAGUGGACGACGUGCGCAGCGUGUGGGAACAUGCGGUUGCAAACGGGGCGCAAUCCGUCCGUGACCCAGAAAUACUCAAAAGCGAUGAGGGCGAGGUGGUUGUAGCCGCCAUCUCCACAUACGGCGACACCAUUCACACGUUGAUCAACCGAUCCGCAUACACGGGGCCUUUCUUGCCUGGGUUCAAGACCAUCGAGCGAACCGAGAGUCUCCUCCAGCAACAAUUGCCCAAGGUGGACGUGAUCGAGAUCGACCACUGCGUCGGCAACCAGCCAUGGAAUGGGCUGGAAAGCAUUGUGCAAUACUACGAGAAGGCUUUGAACUUUCACCGGUUUUGGUCUGUUGAUGACAAGGAAAUGUGUUCGGAAUAUUCGGCUAUGCGGUCGGUGGUGAUUGCUUCGCCCAACGAGGUGAUCAAGAUGCCGAUGAACGAGCCCGCGACAGGAAAGAAGAAGUCGCAAAUUGAGGAAUUUUGCGACUACUACAACGGCGCCGGCUGCCAGCACAUCGCAUUCCGAACCAACAACAUCAUCGAAGUGGUCGAUAGUUUGGGAAAGCGUGGUGUUGACUUCCUCUCCGUGCCAGACACAUAUUACGCAGAUGUGCGAAAACGGCUGGAGCGAAUGGGCACCCAGGUUGCUGAAGACAUCGACACUUUGCAGCGGUAUAAUAUCCUCAUCGACUUCGAUGAGGGUGGAUAUUUGCUUCAAAUCUUUACCAAGCACGUCGGAGACCGGCCCACCGUGUUCCUGGAGAUCAUCCAGCGCGAGAAUUUUGAUGGGUUUGGUGCGGGUAACUUCAAGAGCCUGUUUGAGGCCUUUGAGCGCGAGCAGGCGCUGCGAGGAAAUUUGUAA